AUGUUAAUCCCACCCUCGUCUUCCCAAUCCGAAUCAGUCAUGCUCAAACAUGACCCUCCCAUCAGCUUCACUGACCGUCUGCACCACUUUACCUGGGCCUGGUACACCCUGACCAUGAGCACUGGCGGUUUAGCAGUCCUCAUCAUCAACCAACCCAACACCUUCUCCGGUCUCCGCGAGAUCGGUCUAGCAGUGUACAUCUUCAACCUGAUCCUCUUCGGUCUCGUAUGCUCCCUCAUGGCCCUACGAUUUGCCAUACACGGCAACCUCCUCAAAUCCCUCCGCCACGACAGAGAAGGCCUCUUCUUCCCAACAUUCUGGCUCUCCAUCGCAACUAUCAUCUGCGGUCUAGACAAAUACUUUGGCGACGAGCCACAACCCUCCUUCACACAAGCCCUCGAAGUCCUCUUCUGGAUCUACUGCGCCUGUACCCUACUCGUCGCAGUCAUCCAGUACUCCUUCGUCUUCACCUCGCACUCCUACGGCCUGCAAACAAUGAUGCCCUCGUGGAUUCUUCCCGCCUUCCCCGUCAUGCUCAGCGGCACAAUCGCUUCUGUCAUUGCCGCAAACCAACCUCCCCGCUCUGCUAUCCCCAUCAUCACUGCAGGCGUCACCUUCCAGGGUCUCGGUUUCUCCAUCAGCUUCAUGAUGUACGCGCACUACGUUGGCCGCCUAAUGCAAUCGGGCCUCCCCUGCCGCGAGCACCGCCCCGGAAUGUUCAUCUGUGUCGGGCCACCCGCCUUCACAGCACUUGCACUAAUCGGCAUGGCGCAAGGCCUCCCAGAGCAAUUCGACCUCCUCAACGAUGGCGACGACCUCGCCCUUGAUGGACGAGUCCUGCAACUGCUCGCCAUCGCAGCAGGUGCAUUCCUUUGGGCACUUAGCCUGUGGUUCUUCUGCAUUGCUGCUAUUGCGGUUAUCCGCCAACGACCCACCGCGUUCCACCUGAGCUGGUGGGCGAUGGUCUUCCCGAACACGGGGUUUACAUUGGCUACGAUUAGUCUUGGGAAUGCGUUUAACUCGCCUGGUGUGCUUGGUGUGGGGUCUGCGAUGACGAUUGCGAUUGUCUGUAUGUUUUUGUUUGUGUUUGGGGGACAUGUACGCGCUGUGUGGAGGAAAGAUAUUAUGUACCCUGGGAAGGAUGAGGAUGUUUCUGAAUAG